UCGGCCCGGAUAGCUGUACACUCUUUUUUUACCCUUCUUUUCUCCCACCCACAUUCAUUGUUCCCUUCCCGCAAGCACUCUUUUGCCCUAACUUCCGACUUUCCACACCUUCCUUUCCACCAUGAAGCCCUCCACUUACGGAAUGCUCGCUCUGGCAGCGGCAUCCAAGCUGGCCAGCGCCCACACCACCGUGCAAGCCGUCUGGAUCAACGGCGUAGACCAGGGCCUCGGCAACACCGACGACGGCUACAUCCGCACGCCCCCCAGCAACAGCCCCGUCAAGGACGUGACGUCGACGGACAUGACCUGCAACGUCAACGGCGACGAGGCCGCGGCCAAGACGCUGUCGGUCAAGUCCGGCGACGUGGUGACCUUCGAAUGGCACCACGAGAACCGCGACGCGUCGGACGACAUCAUCGCGUCGUCGCACCUGGGCCCCGUCAUGGUCUACAUGGCCCCGACCACCAAGGGCUCGGACGGCAGCAACUGGGUCAAGAUCGCCGAGGACGGCUACGACGACGGUACCUGGGCCGUCACCAAGCUGAUCAACAACAAGGGCAAGCACAACAUCACCGUCCCCGACGUCCCUGCCGGCAACUAUCUCUUCCGCCCCGAGAUCAUCGCCCUCCACGAGGCCGAGAACAAGGGCGGUGCCCAGUUCUACAUGGAGUGCGUCCAGGUCAAGGUCACCUCCGAUGGAUCCAAGACCAUGCCUUCCGGGGUCUCCAUCCCCGGCGCCUACUCUGCCACCGACCCCGGUAUCCUCUUCAACCUCUACGGCUCCUUCACCACCUACCCCAUCCCCGGGCCCACCGUCUGGGACGGCUCUUCCAGCUCGACUGCUGCCUCUGUCGUCGUGGCUACCUCCUCCGCCGUUCCCACAGCCCCCAGCACCAAGGCCGCCGUGGCCGUCUCGUCCUCCACCUCCUCUGCUGCGGAACAGACCACCGGCCCCGCGGCCGCCACUCCCGUGGUCAACACCGAGUCCGUCGCCGCCGUCCAGGCCUCCUCCCCGGCCGUGAGCCAGGUCUUCGCGCCCACGACCUUCGCCACCUCCUCCUCCUCCUCCUCCGCCAAGGCAGUCCCGACUGCCUGCCGCAACAAGUCCAAGUCCAAGUCCAAGUCGAAGGCUGCCGUCUCCAGCGUCAUCCCCGUUGCCACUCCCAGCGCUGUCCCCAGCGCCAGUGCCAGCGCCAGUGCUGGUGGCGUCGCCAAGAAGUACCAGCAGUGCGGCGGCAUCAACUACACUGGCGCUACUACCUGCGAGAGCGGCACUGUCUGCAAGCAGUGGAACUCUUUCUACUACCAGUGCGUGGAGUCUUCCCAGUAAAUGGGAUCUGGAGUUGUUGGGGUACCGUUUAUAUAUAGGUUGAUUUGAGGGAGGAGUUGGAG